AUGCGAGUUCCUUCGUGCAUGGCGUUGCGGCUUCGAUCUGUUUGCAGUCCAUUAGGGCAGAUGACUGAAGUAUUUCGAUGCCCGAAUCGACUAGGACGAACGAGCGCAGUGGCUCUCGCUCGAGCCGGAUGGAAUGUCACCGUCACAGGACGACGUGAAACCGAACUCCAAGAAACUGUCACACUUCUCAACCAGGCCGCGGGUCGCCAAGACGCUGGAUUCUAUGUCUCUGGCGACAUCACAAAGGAGGACGUCGUCCUGCGCGUCUUCAAGGAGACCGCUGAAAAGUUCGGCCGUGUCGACCUAGUGUUCUGCAACGCCGGCAUCUCGCCGCCCAAUGUCCCGUUGGCGGAGCAGAAGCUCUCGGACUGGCAAGCGACCGUCGAUGUCAACCUGACCGCCCCAUACCUAUGCGCACGUGAAGCUUUCCGAUACAUGGAGAAGCAGCAGCCACAAGGAGGACGGAUCAUCAUCAACGGCAGUAUCAGCGCCUACGCUCCGCGCCCCUUCUCAUCGCCCUACACCGCAACAAAGACCGCCAUGACCGGCCUCACGAAAUCUUUAUCGCUCGAUGGAAGGAAGUUCAACAUCGCCGUUACCCAGAUCGACAUCGGCAACGCAGCAUCCGAGAUGACGGCCAAAAUGAAGUCUGGUCCCGGUGUACCUCAGUCCGAUGGUUCUUUGCGCCAUGAGCCCACCAUGGACCGCGAAUACGUGGGCAAGGAGAUUGUUCACAUCGCAGAGAUGCCUCUUGGCGUCAACGCCGACGCAAGAAAGAUGGAUGUGUCAGCUAAAAUCCGCUGA